UACCCGUGGCCUUCAUCUCAAUACAACUGUAGCGCAAACUCAUGUUUGAUAAAUUUACUAUCUUUGAGUAUUGUAUUGUACCUGAUAAAAAAUAUUAUCUAACAAUGUACUGUGCAAUAUUUGUUGUCGUCACUAUUGCUUUGCUACCGGCUAGCGAAGGUGCGUCUCUUUCAACAAACAUGACGAAAGAUAUAAAAGUGUUGGUAUCUUCAAACGAUUAUCCAGAACCUGGAUUAAAAAUUCUUCAAGAACACUUUACGGUUCUGGUAAGUCGUUUUUCUAAUUUUGGCGAAGAGGGCCUAAAGGAGAAUCGAGAGGAACUUCUAAAACUAAUCCCAGGAUGUUCAGCACUCGUGUGGAUAUCUCAUCACCCAAUCACAAAAGAGCUUUUAGACGCAGCAGGUCCCCAACUGAAAAUAGUGAGCACAAUUUCAGCUGGCUACAACCAUUGCAACGUCCCAGAACUCAAAGCUAGAGGCAUCAAGCUCACCAACACACCUAACGUUCUAAGCUCGGCAGUAGCAGAGAUAGCCGUUGCGCUUAUGCUGGGCGCGGCUAGACGCUUCACGGAGAACCUGGAUCAAGUGCACAGAGGAGUAUGGGAGAUGGGCUUCCAAAAAGUACUGGGCCAGGAUCUUCGUGGGAGCACAGUGGGUAUAGUAGGUUUGGGUGGGAUUGGUCAAGCUACAGUUAAGCGGCUGGCCGGUUUCGAAGUCGCUAAAUUCAUCUAUACAGGUCACAAAGAAAAACCUGAAGGUAAAGCUUUGAACGCAGAGUUCGUUAGCUUAGACACAUUGUUGGCUGAGAGCGACUUCAUAGUAUUAGCGGUCCCACUGAACGAAGAGACCAAGCACAUGAUCAACCAAGCCACCUUGGCUAAGAUGAAAAAGAACGCUGUCUUAGUAAACGUUGGGAGAGGAGAGUUGGUCGAUCAAGACGCACUAUAUGAUGCUCUGAAGAACAGAACCAUCUACGCUGCUGGACUGGACGUCACUACCCCAGAACCUUUGCCCAAAGAUCAUAAGCUGUUCACCUUACCCAAUUUGUUUGUCCUGCCACACAUUGGAAGUGCUACUGUUCAUACUCGUGACGACAUGGGCAUUCUCGGUGCGAACAACAUUGUCAAUGAGUUUACUGGAAAACCCCUUAUUACCCCUGUUUUACCUUAACAUCUUUACAGCUGUAAUUAUUAUAUUACUUUAUGAUCAUCUUGACUAAAUAAAUGCAUGAGCUCUUUAA